GGGAAAUUUCUUCACAGCUUCACGUGCACGUCUCUGCCAUCUUGGACUAGUAGACUUCGCGGGUGCAAAUACUAAUAAUAUGUUGGGUGAUGUCGUCCUUGAAACACACAAAUGCAUUAGUAAUGAAGAAAUAAGGCAACAAGAAUCAAGAAUCUAAAAGAAUGCCUAAAAGAGGAAGAGAGCGGUGGAAGGAUCCAGCUUAUACGUGCAGAGACUGUGAGAAGUACUACGAGUCCUUUCCAAAAGAGGAGAGGGAAAAACGWAUCCAAAAUUCCUGUCGACAUAGGAGCGAAGCACCUCCGCCUCCAAAAACACCACCUCACUUGUGGGAGGUAGACUUUCCAACCACGCCAGAGUACAUGGCCGCUGGUUGGUUGAGAGAUGGCGAUGCAACUGGGCAUGAAAGCCAAAGACCAAAGACAGAGUAUGGUCGAAGAAAGUACCGCAGGUACUUUGCCAAGAAGAAGCUAGACACUGAGCUGGAAGCAAAGCAAGAUACAGUCCAAACAGAAGAUGAAAAACAGAAAACCGACAAGAAUUGAUUUACUUUUUUAUUUCUUUUUUGUAUGGUUGAAGUAUUUUUUUAAUUAAAGCUGUCAUAUAAAGAUCACAAGCGAAGUGUAAAUAUUUUUGGGACCUUUUGUAAGAAAAAAAUAGUAGCUGUUUCAUCUUCAAAAUUUCUUGAUUUCC